GACUCUUGCUUUUUUCAUACAAUUAACAUUUUUCUCGGGUAUUUUACAUCAAUUUAUUAGAUUCUGCAUCCUAUUGAUGGGUUAAAUGGGUUGCACGUGUUAGUAUAGCACUUUGUGAGGUGGUGGAGGCGAAAUGGGGUUGUCAUCUAUCUGGCACUUAACUGUCACAUUGCAGUGUUUUGACUUUCAGCUCAGCUUAAUUGGAAUCACCUUUUCAAAGUAGUGGUAGUUCAAGUGGAGUCCUUUCCCCUGUACUCAUCUAUGGCACUACUUUUUAGAACUUCAGGGCCGUAUUUUGAAUAUUAAAAUGCUAUUAUUUUACCUUUAACAAUGCAUUUGCAUGAACAUUUAAAGUCUAGGUCACUUUGCACGAAAAUCCUUAAAAUCUGCUUUUUCCUUAAUCUAAAUGAUCUAAGCUAUUUCAUAUAAUUCCACCUUCUGAUUUAUCCAGGUUUUGUUAUUGAUGAGAAACCUCACCAUUAACUUGUCAAGUCCAGAUUUUGAGGCAAUUAGGAAUGUCCUAUCAUCAUAUGAUGUCAAGACCAAAACAGUCGCAGUAGCUGCAGGAAUAGUUCCCAACAACCAAACAAAUGAUUUAUCCUGUUGAGUGCUCUUCCUGGUAUGUAUUUUCUCUACUUUUCCAUCAAAUUCUCCCAUUUUGUUGCAUAUGUCUGACGUUAAAAUUCCAGUGAACAUCAUAUUGAGCUCAAAGUCCCUAAUGGCUAUUGGACAGCAUGCAUGGAGCCUCUCUGAUGUUUGCGAGAUUAAAGAUGACCUUGCAGCAACCAUUAGCAGAGAACAAUAACCGAACCGAAUGGAAAAGAGGUUGCUUUUGCUCCUUUCUACCGACCUUCAAGCUCCAUACAUGGGUCUUAAUGCUGCAGAGCAGCAAGAUGAAUGAGAAUGGUCAUCAUUCUGUUUUGACCUACUACCAGAUAAUUGUGUAUAUUGUUACGAUGUUUGUUUACUAAUUAUUGGCUGUUAACAACACUUACCUAGUAAAUUUUGCUCAUUAAUUUUUUUUUUCUCUUCCUUUUUUCUAGUUUUUAUCAGUAUAUGUAUAACUUAUUUGAUCGUAUAAGAUUGUUGUUUUUUUAGUUUAGACUGCUGAAAAAAAUGCUGGUUUUUAG